AAGACUGGUUUGCGGUGAGACGGGUGAUUGAGAAGACAAUGGGUGCGAUAACGAAAAAGUCGCCGAUAAGCUCGAUACUGACUCCUGUGAGGGACGCUUUUCACUGUUCAACUUUAGACUAUUAAUUUCCCAGUUUGUUGGAAUAGUUCUUAACCGUGUCAGGAUGUCAUGCAUUAAUUUGUGGCUUGUUUUCGGAAAGAGUGUGCACGCUUCACAGCUUGAAAUCGCGUCCAAUGCCAAUWUUACCCGGUAAACCAAACCGAGUUUAAACCAAACUCUACUUUAUUCAAAAUGAGCUCUGAACAAGAACAACGAAAAAUACCAAGUGACAGACGAAGAACUGUUGUGCUUUGCAAAUGGAAUUUGGACGAAGUCUUAAAGAAUACUUCACAGAGAAAAAUUCUACUUGCGGUUGACGGAAGCGACCAUUGCAAAGCGGCCUUCGACUUUUACGUAGACAACCUGCACCGUCCAGACGAUAUUCUAAUUCUCUGCCAUACACUGGAACUUCCGCCCAAACCACCAGUACCAUUUCCAGAUGUAGGGAAAUAYAAAGAAGAAUGGAAAGCAAUCAUCGAGAGACAUCGCAAUGAAAGCAAAGAUCUACUUGGAAGUUAUUUGGAAAUGUGGGAAAGCGCGAAAGGCUUGCACUUUCUAAUGAUUACCACGCAACGUUAAUCGUCAUUGGGUCACGUGGUCAUGGCGUGAUACGUCGUGCAAUCCUCGGGAGUGUGAGCGACUACGUCGUACAUCAUUCGGACGUCCCUGUCGCGGUCAUUCCGCCUUCGGAAUAAUUUCGCCGCUGCGAAUCUUCACAGAUAGAUCUGACCGAUCAGUUUUUCAAUCAUGACUACAGUUUUAUUCUUUGUUCCURUUUUUAAUAAUGUCUAACUUAUUUYUAAACAAAUUUUAUACUGAAACAUAAUUAAAACAAAACAACAACCAAAAAAUGGCGCCCGUGAAAAUUGACAACAAGAGGAGGACAUGAAAAAGUAGAAGCAAUACYGAAAAUUUUAAAUGCCAUGGGGCAUAUAUAUUUUAAACACACGUGAAUUAUUUAAGAGUUUUUGCACUGUUAAGAUURAUAAAUAAUAAACCCUAACAACAUUAUAAACAAUAAAAGUGCUGCAUUCACGUCUUAGAGCUAUGAAGAAAAUAGAAACUUUACAUCAAAAGAGAAGAUUUUAUGUCGAGACAAAAAAAAUUAAGCUGCUUUCUUAUUAUGCUCUGCAGUGUGCUAGACGUAGACAUUGCCUGACUGACUUUAAUAAAUUCUCCAUUAUUUCUACAUAUA